AAAUGUGAGCACAUCAUGCCUUCAUUCAGACGACCUACCGUCGAACCCGUCUUCUUCAGCAACGGCGAAAUCGUGAUUGAUGAACGGCUCACUUCAGACUCUCGCGAAAUAUUACCACAUAUAAAGUGCCCACUCGGGAGGCGUCUCCGAUUCAUUCGUACCCUGGAGACGAUCGAGCGAUCAUCUUCGUUUGCAUUCUUCUGUGCGCUUCCAACUAUAAUCUGUGAGACCGUGAACUUGAAAGUAAUCAUGAUUAAAUUCGUUAUAAUUUCUGCCCUGGUGGCUGGAGCUUCUGCAGGAUACGCCAGCAGUCAGUAUGCCGGUGCCGGUACGUCCUCUGGUCUUUACAACCAGCUCAACACAGGACAAAAUGCUUAUGCUGACAAGUACCCCUAUACCAAUACAGGUUUCAACGGGGGCUUCGCUUCACAGUAUGGCGGCCCGAACGGAGUGGGAGCCUCGGCGGGAUCCGGAGCAUUCGUACCUGGAUUCGCUCCGUUCCAACCGGUACCAGUUUUCCCCAGCGCAUUCGAUUUCAACAGCUUCUAUCAGGGACUGCAAGCCAACUUUGCCAACUUGGCAGCGACACAGGCUUACGCGCUGGGAGGAGCAACAGCUGUUGCAUCUGCAUCGCAAUUUGACUAUCCCGGGUAUUAUCAACCGGCGGCUCAUCAGCCGAUCCGUGGCCAGCAGCAUUCGGCGUCAUCCAAUUCAUAUCAUAGCAACAACUACAACAACGCUUAUAAUAUGUAUCAACAACAGCUUGCACACCAGAAUGCACUGUUCAACCAGAUUCGCCAGCAACAGGCCUUCGCUGCGAACGCUGCCGCAGGAGCUGGAGCCGGAGCCGGUGUAGGAAGUGGGUUCGGUUCGGGAGCUAACUUUGGUGGACCAGGCUAUGCGGGAUCAUCGGCCGCCUAUGGGCCAGGAGGAAUUCAUCAAACGGCACACAUCUAUCCGGAGAAUCCCCAGUCGCCCAACAUUGAUAUUGGCACUCGCUUCGGAGAGGGACAGCCACAGGGAGGACCAGGAUUUGUUGGUGUAUCGAGCUUCUCGUCUUCAUCGAACAUUAACGGACAGACACACCGCGAGGCUUCGUCGACGGUGAAUGACAACGGAAAGGUCACUUCCUAUCAUGUGCGCUCGUAAGCAAGCGUGCGUUAGAGAACAGCAUUUCGCUUCAUGGGAGACAACAACAUUUUCAACGGAAAUGGGGAGAAAUUCAACAGUACUUACUUUCUGAAUUAAAUAAGACUUUUUGACAAUAAAACAUUCAAAACUA